AUGUUCAGAACAGCAGCAAGAAACCUUGGCGUGCCAUUAAGAAGAAGUGUUUAUGUUGGAUUCAGCGGUAGUUUAUUAGUCGGUGGUGGAUCGUUGUUGCACUCGAUGCAACCAAGCUCAUAUAUCAUGAACGAUUCAAUUGUUGAUGUUAAGCAAAGAACGAAUCUACCACAAGAGCUUGGAUUGCCAAGCCGUGUUGAUAUAAGUUCGAAGCAAAGAAGAGUCAACUACAGACAAAUGUGCUACGGGUCAAUUUUAGGUCUAGUGUUCGGUGUUAUCUUUGGUAAGAUAUCAAGUCUUCUCGUGUUCAUCACCGGGGUUGGAUUCGUUGGGUUACAAUUCUUGCAGAACAGGGGAGUUAUCAGCAGUGACAGCACUCGUUCUCUUUCCAAAUACGUUGUGACCAUCGGCCGUGAGAGGAUUGAUUUGAACACAUUGAUCUGGGACAAACCCAGCUUCAAAGUCUCAUUCAUCUUGACAUUUGUGCUAGCUGCACUUAACGUCUGA